AUGGAAAGAGCCAAAGAUGGCCGCAAGAAGCUUCCAAUGGUCAAGAUCGAGAAUGACAACCACCUUCGAUCCUGCUUCUCCAAACGCCGAUAUGACAUUUUCAGUAAGGCCACUGAUCUUACGGUCAUGUGCGGAACGAAGUUGGUGGUUAUCGUGUUCUCGCCGGGAAAAAGAGUGUUCGCGUUUGGCCACCCGAGUGCCGACGCCGUCGUCGAUGAGUUCUUGGCUCAGAACGGGGAGCCAAAUACUUAUCAGAGAGGCAAAGAGAUCGAGGGUGCGCCAAAAAGCGGCUUGACGGAGCUGUGCUCGCGUCUGAGCCAUGUGGAGGAGAAGCUGGCGAGGGCGAGGUACAGGGGCCGAGCGCUUGACGCCAGGCUGAUGGCUUUCCGGGGAGAGAAUUGGUGGGGGGCGCCGAUCGAGGGGAUGAAUCUGGAGCAGCUGGAGCAGCUGAUGGUCGCCAUGGAGGAGCUGAAGAUCAAGGUGGGGGAUCAGACGCAGGAGAUGCAGCAGGCCGCCUCGCCGCCAUUUGAUGUAGGGGGAUCAAGUUCUUCGGUUGAUGGUGUGGGCUAUGGUGCUCCGCCUAUGGAUGAAGGUCCGAGUGGUGUGCCGCCGUGUGAUGAUGAUGACAGUUGUUUUGUGGGCGGCGGUCCGCCGGCGUUCCUUGGUGGAGAGAACCCCAGGGCUUCGCGCCCUGGUGGUAUAAUUCAGCACCCAUGGCUAUGGUAG